CUGUGUCCACAGCGGCGCUCCGUACAUCAACCGAAUGAACGGAACCGAAUGUCACGCGGCGCUCGGUACAUCAACAUCAACCGAAUGAACGGAGCUGAUGAGCGUCGUGAUUAUCUCGAGCGCUUCCCUUCAGCUUCACUCAUUUAUUACACUGCCGGUUCAGUCUGAGGUAUGUCCACCCCAGAGCCCCCGCUAGGAGGGACACAAUGUCCAGGACCCUCGCCAGGUCCGGGGCCUUCUCCUGGGACCGUUCUGGGUUCAGGGCUUUCCCCUGGAUCUUCACACAGUAUGAUGGGCCCCAGCCCCGGACCACCGACCUCAACAGGACACGCUUUUCCUCAACAAGGAUCUGCAGGAUACAAUCAGGAAAACUUACACCAAAUGCACAAAUCAGUGGAUGAGAACCUUCCAGAAGACGCUCGUUUCACCCAGAUGAAAGUUGUUCCGAUGAGGAGCGGACACGGCGGUCUGGUGCGUCCUGGAAGCCCCAUGGAGCAGCACUCUCAAGGUUACCCGUCACCGCUGGGCUCCUCAGAACACGUGUCCAGUCCUGUGUCUGCCAGCGGGCCUCCGUCAGGUCCUCUUCUGUCCACCUCGGCCUCAUUAGAGGGCGUGGACAGCCAGACUCUACAGCAGAGCCGCCCGGGAACCCAAAGCGCUGGAACCGGCUCUGGGAGCGCCACGGGUUCAUCCUCCAGCCCGACACCCUUCAACCAGAGUCAGCUGCACCAGCUGCGGGCACAGAUCAUGGCAUAUAAGAUGCUGGCUCGUGGACAGCCCCUUCCAGACCACCUACAGAUGGCGGUGCAGGGCAAGCGGCCCAUGCCAGGCAUGCAGCACGGACAGUCUUUGUCCGGUUUGCCCGCUGCUGGUGGAGGCGGUGCUGGUUUCAGCCGAGGGCAUGUUUGUGCCGGCUGUUCCGCAGGGAUGAUGGGACCCAGCAUGCCCCCGCCUGGACCCUCCGGAGUCCCGUCUGGUGUUCAAGGCCAGAAUCACAAUGGACCUCCAAAACCAUGGCCCGACGGUCCUAUGGUUAAUGCAGCUACCCCUUCAAAUGCUUCUCAAAAACUGAUGCCCCCGCAGCCCACCGGACGCCCUUCCCCUGCACCCCCUUCUGUUCCACCGGCCGCCUCCCCCGUCAUGCCGCCACAAACCCAGUCGCCAGGUCACCUGUCUCACCCGUCUCAACCCACGACCGUUGUCCCUCUGCACCAGAAACAGAACCGUGUUACGCCCGUUCAGAAGCCGUGCGGCUUGGACCCGGUGGAAAUACUUCAGGAGAGAGAGUACAGACUCGAAGCUCGUAUUGCCCACCGCAUUCAGGAGCUGGAGAACCUCCCCGGCUCUCUCCCUGGAGAUUUGCGCACCAAAGCGACGGUCGAGUUAAAAGCUCUCCGACUGCUCAACUUCCAGAGACAGCUGAGACAGGAGGUGGUGGUGUGCAUGAGGCGAGAUACGGCCUUAGAAACCUCACUGGAUGCUAAAGCCUACAAGCGCAGUAAGAGACAAUCGCUACGCGAAGCCCGAAUCACAGAGAAAUUGGAGAAACAGCAGAAGAUCGAGCAGGAACGAAAGCGCAGACAGAAACAUCAGGAAUAUCUCAACAGCAUCCUGCAGCACGCCAAGGACUUCAAGGAAUAUCAUCGUUCCAUCACCGCAAAGAUGCAGAAACUGACCAAAGCCGUGGCCACGUAUCACGCUAACACUGAACGAGAGCAGAAGAAGGAAAACGAGAGAAUUGAGAAAGAGAGAAUGAGAAGACUUAUGGCUGAAGAUGAGGAGGGUUACAGGAAACUCAUUGAUCAGAAGAAGGACAAACGUCUAGCGUAUCUGCUCCAGCAGACCGAUGAAUACGUGGCAAACCUGACGGAGCUUGUGCGCGCUCAUAAAGCUGUACAGGCUUUAAAAGAGAAGAAGAAGAAGAAGAAGAGAAAGAAGAAGCUAGAAAACGCUGAUGGACAGACUAUAGCUCUGGGACCAGAUGGAGAGCCCCUGGAUGAGACAAGUCAGAUGAGUGAUCUUCCAGUGAAGGUGAUCCAUGUGGACAGUGGGAAGAUUUUGACCGGAGUGGACGCUCCUAAAGCCGGGCAGCUGGACACAUGGUUGGAGAUGAAUCCGGGUUAUGAAGUCGCUCCACGAUCAGACAGUGAAGACUCUGGAUCGGAGGAAGACGAGGAAGAGGAAGAGGAACCUCCUCCAUUGCUGCCUUCUCAAACUCCUGCAGACGAGAAGAAGAAGAUCCCAGACCCAGACAGUGAAGACGUUUCUGAGGUGGACGCUCGUCACAUUAUAGAGCAUGCUAAACAAGAUGUAGAUGAUGAGUACGGCAGUGCUUCGUUUGCUCGUGGGUUACAGUCAUAUUACGCCGUGGCUCAUGCAGUUACUGAGAGAGUAGACAAACAAUCAUCACUACUAAUCAAUGGUCAACUCAAACAAUACCAGAUCAAGGGUUUGGAGUGGCUGGUGUCUCUGUAUAACAAUAAUCUGAAUGGGAUCCUGGCCGAUGAGAUGGGUUUGGGGAAAACGAUUCAAACCAUCGCUCUGAUCACGUACCUCAUGGAGAACAAGCGUCUGAACGGACCGUACCUCAUCAUCGUACCGCUCUCGACUCUUUCUAACUGGGUCUAUGAGUUCGAUAAAUGGGCGCCAUCGGUUGUGAAAGUCUCGUACAAGGGAUCUCCAGCCGCUAGAAGAGCUUUCGUACCGCAGCUGCGCAGCGGCAAGUUCAAUGUGCUGCUCACCACGUACGAAUACAUCAUCAAAGACAAGCAGGUUUUGGCAAAGAUUCGCUGGAAGUACAUGAUAGUGGAUGAAGGGCAUCGGAUGAAGAACCAUCACUGUAAGCUGACGCAGGUGUUGAACACGCAUUAUCUGGCCCCGCGGCGAGUGCUGCUGACCGGGACGCCGCUGCAGAACAAACUCCCAGAACUCUGGGCGCUUCUCAACUUCCUGUUGCCCACCAUCUUCAAGAGCUGCAGCACGUUUGAGCAGUGGUUCAAUGCACCGUUCGCCAUGACUGGAGAGAAGGUGGAUCUAAAUGAGGAGGAGACCAUCCUGAUCAUUCGCCGCCUGCACAAGGUGCUCCGCCCCUUCCUGUUACGUCGACUGAAGAAGGAGGUGGAGGCACAACUGCCGGAGAAGGUGGAGUAUGUGAUCAAGUGUGAUAUGUCGGCUCUUCAGAGGGUCUUGUAUCGACACAUGCAAGCUAAAGGAGUUCUGCUCACUGACGGAUCUGAGAAAGACAAGAAGGGUAAGGGUGGCACUAAGACUUUGAUGAACACCAUUAUGCAGCUGAGAAAGAUUUGUAAUCACCCGUACAUGUUUCAGCAAAUCGAGGAAUCUUUCUCUGAGCAUUUGGGUUUCUCGGGUGGCAUCGUUCAAGGGCCCGACUUAUAUCGAGCUUCAGGAAAGUUUGAGGUUCUGGAUCGUAUUUUACCCAAAUUACGAGCGAGCAAUCACAAAGUUCUGCUCUUCUGCCAAAUGACAUCAUUGAUGACCAUAAUGGAGGAUUAUUUCGCUUAUCGCAACUUCAAAUAUCUGCGUUUGGACGGCACAACUAAAGCAGAGGAUCGUGGGAUGCUGCUAAAGACGUUUAAUGAUCCAGCCUCGCAGUAUUUUAUAUUCUUGCUGAGCACCAGGGCAGGCGGACUGGGACUCAAUCUUCAAAGCGCAGAUACGGUCAUCAUAUUCGACAGCGACUGGAAUCCUCACCAGGACCUGCAGGCUCAGGACCGAGCGCACCGGAUCGGGCAGCAGAACGAGGUGCGAGUUCUUCGUCUUUGCACCGUGAACAGCGUGGAAGAGAAGAUACUGGCGGCUGCUAAAUACAAGUUGAAUGUAGAUCAAAAGGUGAUCCAGGCUGGCAUGUUUGACCAGAAAUCUUCAAGUCAUGAGCGCAGAGCCUUUUUACAAGCUAUUCUGGAGCAUGAAGAGCAAGACGAGAACAAUGUUUUGGGAAAUCAAGUCUUAAAGCUAAAAGAAUGUUUUCAGGAAGAGGAUGAGGUGCCGGACGAUGAAACUGUCAAUCAGAUGAUCGCUCGCAGUGAAGAGGAGUUUGACCAGUUUAUGCGCAUGGAUUUGGAUCGGCGCCGCGAAGAAGCCCGGAACCCAAAGCGAAAACCUCGAUUGAUGGAGGAAGACGAGCUGCCCACCUGGAUCAUGAAGGACGAUGCUGAGGUGGAAAGGCUCACCUGUGAGGAAGAGGAGGAGAAGAUGUUCGGCCGUGGCUCUCGUCAGAGAAAAGAGGUCGAUUACAGCGAUUCGCUCACAGAGAAACAGUGGCUAAAGGUCAGACGUCAAAACACCUGUUCACAGAGGCCCUCGCCCAUACACGAAGGCCUCGUGUUUUUGAUUAUGUGCUCCUUUGUCUCCCAGGCGAUUGAAGACGGUACACUGGAGGAGAUCGAAGAAGAAGUGCGGCACAAGAAAACGGCUCGGAAGAGGAGGCGCGGCCGAGACGCGGACGCGGUUCCUUCCACCUCAGGAGCUCAAAGAGCGAGAGAAAGAGACGACGACCUCAAAAGGCAAAAGAAACGAGGUCGUCCGCCAGCAGAGAAACUCUCGCCGAACCCUCCGUCGCUCACCAAAAAGAUGAAAAAAAUUGUGGAUGCCGUUAUUAAAUACAAGGAGAAUAACGGGCGUCAGUUAAGUGAGGUUUUCAUUCAGCUGCCAUCACGGAAGGAGCUUCCAGAAUACUACGAACUCAUCCGCAAACCCGUUGACUUCAGAAAGAUUAAGGAACGCAUUCGCAGUCACAGGUACCGCAGCCUGAAUGACCUGGAGAGAGAUGUCAUGCUGUUGUGUCAAAAUGCACAAACCUUCAACCUGGAGGGUUCACUGAUCUACGAGGACUCUAUUGUGCUGCAGUCAGUCUUCACUAGUCUGCGUCAGAAGAUUGAGAGAGAGGAAGAGAGUGAUGGAGAGGAAAGUGAAGAGGAAGAUGAAGAUGAAGGUUCAGAUUCUGAGACUCGGUCAGUAAAGGUGAAAAUUAAAUUAAGCCGUAAGGACAGAAGUGCAGAUCACGGCAGAGGACGCAGGAGAACGGCGAGGACACGAGCUAAACCUGUGGUUAGUGAUGACGAUACAGAUGAAGAACAGGAGGAGGAUCGGUCCAACAGUGCCAGUGAGGAUGAACAGGGAUGAACAUGUUAGUCAACACCACCAACGAUCUGAGACAAACCACUAACCCUAACCAGUAUCAUGUGAAACACAAAUAUAAUCCUACAUUUAGAUAUUCAUCAUAUUACAUUACUGAAAGAAAGAAUCUUUAUGAUUGUAUUUAAAUCUCAUAGUGAUGCUUAGAGACUGUGUUUAGAUGUUGUAAUGUUUUUGUGAUGCUGAAUAUUAAACUCUAGAUAAGUAGAUUUGUGAUCAUCUGUUAACCCUUUGAGUAGAAGUACAAUUGAAUUAUGUGUUAUUAACUUAUGUACACAUAUACAGUAAGCAGCAGUUGUAAUGUAGACCCAGCUGGAUGUUAUUUGUGUAUUCAUCAGUGUGUGUUUAGUUAUAUUGCUGCUACUGGAUCUCUAUGAAUCUCUAUCUGGUGUAGUGCUGGCUGACGGAUUACAUGCACUAGCUGCUUUAUAAUAUAUCACACUGUUAACGCAUGUGCAGUUCAUUCAGUGUUGUGUGUUUGUGUAAAAACAUUAAACUAUUUGCCUGUGUUUCAUUCA